UGAUGUUUGAACCAAUUGGAACAAAAAUAGCUAAAUAUUUCAUUAAUUUUCAUUUGAAAUUAAAAUCCAUAAAAAUGUAAUAAUGGGGAAUCCAUCAUCAGUUGCGCACAUUAGAAAAGAAAUACAAACCAAGAUCAUAGAUAAAAAUCAAAAUCUGACAUUUAUCCAAAAGUAUUUUGAUGAAAUCAAGAAGUUUCGGGAUGAAAAUCCUCAUAGCCAGAAAAUUUUACCUUUAAAACUUCGUGAUAUUAAUGAAAAGAGCUUAGCAGCUUGCUAUAUUAAAGCCUUUGGUCUUGAAAAGAUGUACUCUAGAUGGGUGCCUAUAAAAGGAAGAGAAUUCCAUUCAAAAUUUAGGAAACAGAUAUCGAAUCACAAUACAGCACUUAUCUCUUUUGUUAAUCAUAAGAAGAAAGAAACGGACUAUUCCUCAUUUUUGGAGAAUGACGGAGUUAGGUACGAGUUUCUAGAUGAAGCAUUUGAAGAAAUCCAGAAUGUUAUUCAGAAUAUACCUGAAAAGAGUUUAAUAAAUUAAUUACCUGAAGACUGAAAGUCCUUUAAUAUUAAG